AUGGAGAUCUUUGAACAAAUACUUAGGGAUGGAAUUAAGAGUGUUGAGAUUAAUAGUGUGAAGGGUGUUGAAACUAAUAAUGUGAAGGGUGGUGUUGGGACUAAUGGUGUAAAGGGUGUUAGGAUGGAUGGUGUUAAAUUUGUUAAGGGUCGUAGUGUGAAGGAUGAUGAAACUAGAUUGAAGAAUAAUGAAGUUAAAGGUAUUGAUUUUAGUGAUGGUGAAGAAGAGAGAAAUGCAUAUUUGGAUUACGUGUUUUGA